AUGGCCGCCGCCCACGAUGACAAUGCUUGGGGCACGGGCCUGGUUGACGAGGAGUCUCAAGACCCCGAGGAGCUCCGCGUCAUCUACGCUGCCCUAGACUCGUUCUCUCAAUAUGCCAAGGUCGCACAUUUCAAUGUCACACACCUUCGCCGCCAGUCCUUCUAUGCUCUCCCGGAGGCUCAUUGGAAGAUGCUCGCAGCACCUCCGUUCAACUUCCUAGAGACACUGGAGAAGACGGAUGACGCCAUAGACUCCAACGCGGCUCUCGCCCGCGCAAUCGUCAACGCCAGCCUGCAAAACUUUGGACUCUCCAGCAUACCCCCGGAAUGGACCGGUACCGCCAAGCACAGCGAUAUCGACAAGGCCAGGAGCACGAUCCGCCAGUUCUACCGCGACUGGUCCCUCGACGGAGCCUCUGAGAGAGAGGCCAGCUACGGCCCUGUCCUGAAAGCCCUGGGUGAAGAGAGGGCCAACCGAUCCACUGGCGGCGACGGCCCCCUUCGCGUCCUCGUCCCAGGGGCGGGCCUGGGCAGGUUGGUGUUCGACCUCUGCGCCGGCGGAUUCGAGGCGGAGGGGAACGAGAUCUCCUACCACCAGCUGCUGGCGUCGCAGUACGUGCUCAACAACUGCCGCUCCGCCGGCGAGCACACCAUCUUCCCCUGGGUACACACCUUCUCCAACCACCUGACCCGCUCGAACCACCUGCGCAGCUAUCCCGUCCCGGACAUCCACCCGGGCACCGUCCUGAAGAGCCUGCCCGCGGUCGGCGGCAUGUCCAUGUGCGCCGCCGACUUCCUCUGCGGGUACAGCAAGGAGGAGUGCGUCGAGAGCUUCGACGCCGUCGCCAGCGUCUUCUUCCUCGACACGGCGCCGAAUCUGGUCCGCUACCUCGAGGUCAUCUGGAACUGCCUCAAGCCGGGGGGAGUGCUCAUCAAUAUCGGCCCGCUGCUGUGGCACUUCGAGAACAACGCCCCCGGCAACCACGGCCGUGAUGACGACGGAGACGGCGAGCAUGACUACAACAAUUCAUCCGGCAUUGCCGAUCCAGGCAGUUUCGAGCUCUCGGAAGAUGAGGUCAUAGCUCUGCUCGGUAAGUUGGGGUUCAAGGUUGAGUGGAAGCAGUCUGGGCUCGAGACACCAUAUAUCCAGGAUCGGGAGAGCAUGCUGCAGACCACGUACAAAUCGAGCAUCUGGGUCGCCCGGAAGCCCGUCAAAGAAAUGAAGUAA